AUGGCUCGAAACGCCCUGCAGAAGGAGCAAUUCGUCAAGCUGAUUGUCGGCGCCGGCCAGGCCAGCCCCAGUCCCCCGGUCGGUCCGGCGCUGGGUAGCAAGGGUGUCAAGAGUAUGGACUUUUGCAAGGAAUUCAACGCCCGCACUGCCCACAUCAACGUCGGGGUCCCAAUUCCCGCACGCGUCACUGUUCGCCCGGACCGCUCCUUUUUCUUCGACCUCCGCACCCCGACUACCACCUACCUGCUCCUUAAUGCGGCCAAUGUUGAGCCCCGGAAGAACCGUCUGCGCGGCGCGAUGAAUCCCGGUCACGAGAUCUGCGGCAAAAUCUCGCUCAAGCACGUCUACGAAAUUGCCAAGAUCAAGCACUCCGAAACGCGGUUAUCGGGAUUGAGCCUGCAGGGCUUGUGCAAGAGUGUCAUUGCGCAGGCCAAGUCCAUUGGCAUCCAGGUGGUCCCGUGA